AUGCUGGACGAUGCCGAGAGCCGCUAUGAGCUGCGGCUUCUUCAUAUGCUCCUUGACUCGAAGGUGAUGUCAACAACGCAGACGUCACGUCGAGCAGCGUCAAUGCGACGCCCAAUCAGAAGUGCCUGCUCCGCCUUGUCUGAUACUUACGCGGCUAACUGGCUCGGACUAAGGUCUAGCGUGCAGCGAUCUCAGGAAGCGAGAGAUCUGAUCAUCGUUCGGAAAAUUCGAAGGUAUCCAAGCGUUUUAAGCUCGAGGCCGUUUGCUCCAAACAAUGCGGCGGAACAACGGCAAACGUCGAACGCAAAAUCAUCCGACCGGGGUAGCGAUGGAUGUUUGACGGUCCAGAAAGGCAUGUUUGCAAUCUGCACUGUGCAGCGGAACAAUAUCGACAGCGGUGUUUCCGACGACACAGUCAGCAACACCGCGACUUCCGCAUUUCCUCGUCCGCCAUUUCGUCGCAUUGUGACCUCACAGGCUUCCCAACAGCAUCGAACGAUGAGCAGACAGGCUGAGGGCGGCGGCUGGUCAAAACAAGAAAGUUUGCACGCCUUUACAAUGCGGGCUCAAGGUUCAGAUGCAAGAGCAAGAUUCGUGGAGCAGUCCGAUCGCAAUCCAGAGCAUGUUGACGGAGCCGACGAUUGGAUUCGUGGAUCGAUGGAGCAGCUCAGAUACCCUGAAGACGGAAUCAAGCGCCAUAGACAUCUGGACAGCGGCGCGGAUUCUCCGAACCGGCGUCAGACACAGCAGCAGCGACCGCUGAUCAGCUCGGGUUUGCCGACAUCAUACAAUGACUUUCGGAAUAGAUCCCGAUCGGUGUCCUGCUCAGCUCUGCUCCCGCAUACGUUCAGCUUAGAGAGCAGCCUGGCCCCCAAAACAAAGCCAGACGACGGAGUUGCCUCGUCCAGACUUUCGUCGCCUCAAAUCCCGUCUCCCAGUCCGGCUCUACAUUUCACGAAACAGGAUCGAAGCUGGUCAGACUUGCUCUCUGGUAAGCUUGGCGACACUUGCAGCCUUGCUCACCUACACUCACGUACUCAUUCACUUGGGACUUCUUCGAGUCUCUACGAUCGUAGUAGUAGACUCAGCUCCGCCGUCAGCUUCCAGACGCGCCCAACAUCGUCGGCAAGCAGUGAGGAUCCUUAUCGAUUAAGCUGCAGAGCUUCUGAGCAGGUAUCCAGUGGACGCUCACCGCGAAGCCUUUGCACCACUACCGCUCCCGCAAGAGAGCUUCGCUCCCCUGGCAAGCCUUUAUCAGACCACGGCUUGCGGCAGUCUUCGAUGCAUUAUUUGCAGACUACCUCGCCAGCAGCGACAGCUCUGAAUGAUCAAAGAGGGUCUCGCCAGCAAGUGAGCAUCGUUGAAGGGCUGAGACCGUCUCGACCUUUGAUGCGGCGCGCCGCAACGUCGUCUGUCACCACUGAACAGGUGAUCGGACCACAAUAUCUGGAGCCCGUUAACAGCUGCGAGGGCUAUUUCUUUCCGCGACCUCGUCUGCGCACCCACAGCCUGAACACAGUUCCCUCGGAAGCUGUUGAUCAGCUUCAUGCCGUUCCCGAGCGCUUCUGGCAGAGAGACCUCGCGAUCGACGGCGCCGACAACAUUCACGCGGCAAGAGCUUCAGUUGUGAAGACUUCCAACGCUGACCCAAUCACGCUGCUACGGGCAUCUCGUCAGUUCGGAUCCACAUCUAGUCAAGUCGCAUUUGCAUAUGCCGCUGGUCCAGAGAGAGAUCCACGGUUGACAUUACACGAAAACAUGCCACCUCCGCCGCUGCCGAAAGUCUCGCAGGAAGUUCCUUGUGGUCUGGUCCCUUCGAAGCCGCCACCGCCUACGCCCUGGCCAAGCACUUCGCCGGAACACAGCGAAAGUCAGGAUAGCGCGUGCUCGCUCGACGUUUUGAAGGCGUCCGAACUACUUGAGCGGAACGAGGCCUUGGAGCUGGAAAGACAAGCUUGGCGAGAAGAGCACCGGACAAGUUUGGGUGUCGGCUCAAAUUCGUUCCUCGGCCGACUCAGUCCGUGCCUUCGUGAGCCGCCCCCCGUUCCAGACAGAACUCGAGGCGGAGCACUCUCGAGUGGCAUGAAUGAUGCCGACGAAAUCCCCAUUCAGGUGCAUCGCGUGCGUAACGAGGACGGUACCGAGCAUACGCUGCUGCUAGUUCGUGCUCAGCGCAGCCAUCCCCGCUUCGGUCUGAACAGACCCAGCACGCCCGAAAUGAGAGAUCGCUUGAUUGCGACGGUACGACCUUCGUCUCUGGUAAAGCACAUCUCGCAGCGCCUCGGGAGCCUCUCAAGCACAAGACGUUCCCUUGCGACGUCGAGUGCUCAGGGAAAUUCCAUGCCCCGGGACGGAACUCUGACGCGGACGCAAAUGCAGGCAUACACGGUUCGACCAUUGAAAGAGGGACGCAGGCUCGUCACUAACGAGACUGUUGUCAUUGGUCGGCAACAAGAACAUCCGGAAGGCUUCCGAGAACAAGACAGCUGGAAUCCAAUUGAAAGCCACUUGCAACCCGAGGUGCAGAUGGGCAACGCGAUCUCGGACAUGCGAAAAUCUAUUGCUGGUCGGACCCUACCUGCAAGAUCCGGUUACCAAGCUGCUGGAACGAGAGAUGAGAUCAGGGCUUUUAUGAAUGAGGGAAAAACUUCGACUUGGGUCCAAAAGAUCUGCUGCAACGGUGUGGUCGAAGCGGAGAAGCUUACGCCCGACUAUGUGCUCGAUAUCGAUCCAGGCACGUCCGUGAUUACAUGCGGCGACUUGAGCGUGUCCGAGAGCCCGGCCGACGGACAUCACCUUUUCAACACGGAGCCAUCCUCGUCUUGUGGUAUCCCAGCACGGCUUGCGACGCCAGCUGACUCUAGAGACUCGGGCAACUCGUCUGGACGGCACGGUGACUUUGCAGUGUGGGACGCAAGCAAUGUGAGCCUCGACAACCUUUUCUUCCGUCCCCCUCAGCACAAUCUUGGACCGCCUUGA